AUGUCUGGUGCACAAUCGCUGUCUCGUCAAAACUAUUCAGCAGAAGUUGAAGCAGCAGUAAAUAAACAGAUUAAUGCUGAGUUUUGUUCUAGUUAUGUUUACCUUAGUAUGGCAACUUACUUUUCUCGAAGUGAAGUAUGCUUACCACACAUUUCUAAAUGGAUGAAGAAACAAAGUGAUGAAGAACGAGAGCACGCUUUGAUGCUUGUUCAAUUCCAAACACUUCGUGGUGGCAGAGUUCAAUUUGAAGCAAUUCGUAAGCCAGAAAGGGAAGAAUGGGGAAGUGCUUUGGAGGCUUUUAAGGCUGCCUUGGUACUUGAGAAACAAAUAAAUGAAUCUCUACUCGCUCUUCAUGCUGUCGGCGAGAAACAGAAAGAUCCGCAUUUGUGUGGAUUCAUAGAAGAAAAAUUCUUGCGUUCUCAGGUGAAAAGCAUUGAUGAAAUAUCGCGUUAUGUUUCAAUAUUGACAAGAGCUGGAACAGGACUGGAAAUUUAUAAUAGUGAUCCAGAAGUGAUUGCUAAAGGUUGA